AUGGGGGACGCCAAGCGCCUGAAGUCUGGCGACCCGCAGGAGGAUGCGAAGCAGCUGGCGCAGCUGCUGCUGACGCAGGACCAUGUGCGCCAGCUCGCCUGCCCCGAGCUCGUCGAGGACGUCCUGGCGUGCUCGGUGGCGCAGGGGGUGGUCAUGUACCCGAAGCCGCUCAACAAGAGGGAGGCCAGCGCGGUCCCCUUGACGCUCACGCCCUGUCCGCUGCCGGCGAGCAGCUUCCGCAUGGCGGAGGACCUGGCGCCCCAGUUCCAUUUGCUCAUGGACAACGUCUGCUGUGACCUCGCCUGGCUCCGGCAAGCCCUGGCGAAGACGGGUGCGAUGGACCUCAUCUGCCGGAAGCUGCUCGAGGUGUGCGAGCAGACGUACAACAGUGAAACGGGCAAGGACCCGAAGGACGACAUAAGGCUGCACAUCAUGCGCAACGACUUCAUGUUCGAUGCCCAGCGCGACCCGGCGCGCGCGAUGGUGCAGAUCGAGCUGAACAUGAUGGCCGCGUCCUUCUCCACGCACUGCCAAGACCUGACGGAGACCCACCGCUACGUGCUCACGAAGUUCUUGGGCCGCCAAGAGACGGGCUUGGGCCCGCGGAGAACCGCCGCAGCGCUCGAGGUGGCGCUGCCAGGGAGCCCUGCGGCGGAGAAGAUAGCCGAAGCGGUGGCCUCGGCGCACGAGGCCUACGACGCUCGGUGGCAGAGCGUGUCCUCGGGCCGUCUUCGGGUUGUGCUGUUCGUGUCCACCGAGGACGAGAAGAAUGAGCUCGACCACAGGAAGCUGGAGCUCGCCUUCGCGCGGAAGGGGCUCCUGUGCAUGCGCCGGUCGCUGCCCUGCCUGGCCACCGCCAGUCUCGAGCCCCUGGUGGCCGCGGAGGGCCGAAGGUCCUCCGUCAAACAGCCAAAGGCCCUGGUCGUGGAGGGCCACGAGGUGGCCGUGGCCUACUUCCGGUCCGGCUACUGGCCGGAUCACUUCACGGGCGAAGCCUGGAAGGCCCGGGCCAUGAUCGAGCGCUCCGAGGCAGUGAAGUGCCCCUCCGCGCCCGCGCAGCUGGCUGGCAUGAAGAAGGUCCAGCAACUCCUCUGCCUCCCCGCCGAGCUGCGAAAGUUCGCGCCGGAGGGCUCGGCCGAGGCGCUGGCCAAGACGUUCGGCCGCCAGUUCGACCCCAGCGAGGAGGCCGCCAAAGAAGCGGUCGAGGCCGCCAUCGCCGAGCCUGGGCGUUGGGUGCUGAAGCCGCAGGUCGAAGGCUCCGGCGAGCUCUUCUUCGACGAGGAGAUCCCGCGCCUCCUAAGCUCGCGCAGCAAAGACGAGCUGGCCGAGUUCAUCCUCAUGGAGCGCGUGAGGCCACCCACGACUCCCUCCGCUUUGCUGGAUGCCGCCGGCAAACCCGUCGUGCGCGACGCUGUGGCGGAGCUGGGCAUCUUCGGCACCUUUGUGGCCGACGGCGACCGCGUGCGGCGCAACGAGGCAGCUGGCCACCUUGUGCGCUCGAAGGGCCAGAAGACAAACCAGGGCGGCGUCUUCGUGGGGAACGCGACCGUAGACGUGCCGUUCCUGGAAGAUAUUCGGACACGCACCUUCAUCCGUGGCAAGGCACUCGACUUCUUGCAGGGCCAGAGCUCGCCUCAGACCUUGGGGCGGCGAAGUCAAGGGCCCUUAGACUUCCUGUUCGAGGACGAGUCGAGCUCCAGUAGAUGCCAGCAACUUCUGCCCCGGAAUAGGUGGGAUGUUCGUGAAGACCGCAAUGCCACUGCACAUUUUGCGCAAGAGUGGCGAGAAGCAACUGAGUCGAUGAAGCCUGGCAUUCCUGCAGCUGUCCGUUGCCCAGCAAGGCCUCCAGACUGGGAUGGGGACGCGGACAGUCGGCACAGAGCACUGCUGCAGUCGCUGGGUGAAGAAGAGGUUGACGAAGGCGAUCUCACUCUGUCCACGCUGGCGCAGCCCUCCCCUGCAUCAACAGCAUCCGCGCUGACUUCAAUCGGCAGUGAUUUCACUGCCUUGGCUUCGCAUGCAGACUGGGAUGGAGACGUGGACAGUCGGCACAGAGCACUGUUGCAGGCGCUGGGUGAAGAAGAGGUUGAUGAGGGCGAUCUCACUCCGUCCACGCUGGCGCAGCCUUCCCCUGCAUCAACAGCAUCCGCGGUGACCUCAAUCGGCACUGAUUUCACUGCCUUGGCUUCGCAUGCAGACUGGGAUGGAGACGCGGACAGUCGGCACAGAGCACUGUUGAAGGCGCUGGGUGAAGAAGAGGUUGACGAGGGCGAUCUCACUCUGUCCACGCUGGCGCAGACUUCCCCUGCAUCAACAGCAUCCGCGGCGACCUCAAUCGGCAGUGAUUUCGCUGCCUUGGCUUCGCAUGCAGACUGGGAUGGAGACACGGACAGUCGGCACAGAGCACUCUUGCAGGCGCUGGGUGAAGAAGAGGUUGACGGGGGCGAUCUCACUCUGUCCACGCUGGCGCAGCCCUCCCCUGCAUCAACAGCAUCCGAGGUGACCUCAAUCGGCAGUGAUUUCACUGCCUUGGCUUCGCAUGCAGACUGGGAUGGAGACGCGGACAGUCGGCACAGAGCACUGUUGCAGGCGCUGGGUGAAGAAGAGGUUGACGAGGGCGAUCUCACUCUGUCCACGCUGGCGCAGCCUUCCCCUGCAUCAACAGCAUCCGCGGCGACCUCGAUCGGCAGUGAUUUCACUGCCUUGGCUUCGCAUGCAGACUGGGAUGGAGACGCGGACAGUCGGCACAGAGCACUGUUGCAGGCGCUGGGUGAAGAAGAGGUUGACGGGGGCGAUUUCACUCUGUCCACGCUGGCGCAGCCCUCCCCUGCAUCAACAGCAUCCGUGGUGACCUCAAUCGGCAGUGAUUUCACUGCCUUGGCUUCGCAUGCAGACUGGGAUGGAGACGCGGACAGUCGGCACAGAGCACUGUUGCAGGUGCUCGGUGAAGAAGAGGUUGACGAGGGCGAUCUCACUCUGUCCACGCUGGCGCAGCCUUCCCCUGCAUCAACAGCAUCCGCGGCGACCUCAAUCGGUAGUGAUUUCACUGCCUUGGCUUCGCAUGCAGACUGGGAUGGAGACGCGGACAGUCGGCACAGAGCACUGUUGCAGGCGCUGGGUGAAGAAGAGGUUGACGGGGGCGAUCUCACUCUGUCCACGCUGGCGCAGCCCUCCCCUGCAUCAACAGCAUCCGUGGUGACCUCAAUCGGCAGUGAUUUCACUGCCUUGGCUUCGCAUGCAGACUGGGAUGGAGACGCGGACAGUCGGCACAGAGCACUGUUGCAGGCGCUGGGUGAAGAAGAGGUUGACGAGGGCGAUCUCACUCUGUCCACGCUAGCGCAGCCCUCCCCUGCGUCAACAGCAUCCGUUGUGACCUCAAUCGGGAGUGAUUUCACUGCCUUGGCUUCGCAUGCAGACUGGGAUGGAGAUGCGGACAGUCGGCACAGAGCACUGUUGCAGGCGCUGGGUGAAGAAGAGGUUGACGAGGGCGAUCUCACUCUUUCCACGCUGGCGCAGCCUUCCCCUGCAUCAACAGCAUCCGCGGUGACCUCAAUCGGCACUGAUUUCACUGCCUUGGCUUCGCAUGCAGACUGGGAUGGAGACGCGGACAGUCGGCACAGAGCACUGUUGCAGGCGCUGGGUGAAGAAGAGGUUGACGGGGGCGAUUUGACUCUGUCCACGCUGGCGCAGCCCUCCCCUGCAUCAACAGCAUCCGCGGCGACCUCAAUCGGCAGUGAUUUCACUGCCUUGGCUUCGCAUGGAGACGCGGACAGUCGGCACAGAGCACUGUUGCAGGCGCUGGGUGAAGAAGAGGUUGACGAGGGCGAUCUCACUCUGUCCACGCUGGCGCAGCCUUCCCCUGCAUCAACAGCAUCCGCGGCGACCUCAAUCGGCAGUGAUUUCACUGCCUUGGCUUCGCAUGCAGACUGGGAUGGAGACGCGGACAGUCGGCACAGAGCACUCUUGCAGGCACUGGGUGAAGAAGUGCGAGCUGUCAGUGCACGAACACCUGUGGGAGGCUCCGAGCUGUCCGAAGCCUUGAAGGCCAAGACCCCUUGCGGCAACCUUUGUUGCGUGCACAACGUGAUCUUGGCAUCUGGCAUCAUGGCCCACCACGCAGGAGCCCUAGCUUUGGGAAACGCCGAAAUCAUGGGGAUCGUGGAGCUGGCGUGGAAGAUGGGCGCGGAGUCGCUGCGCGCCAAGGCGCGCAACAUGACCUUGAUGCUGAAGCUUGAGAAUUUCCCGGAGAGAGCCCGCCCGCUGCCCACACUAAACAAGGUGCUCCUUUUCCUUCUCGAGAUCGCCCUAAUGCCGUAUCUCUACGAGCUGACCGCGGUCCCGGCCGGCUGGCCCCUGGAGACCGUCCUCGACGCCUUCGUGCACUUGGCGUCGUACGACCCUGCUCGUGCCGAUGUGCAGCGCGCCCUCAAGGCCGUGGAGGCGCGGGCCGUGGAGCUCUGGGCCGCGCGGCCGGCGGAGGCGGCGGCCUGGCGCGGUCUGAACGAGGACCGCUCCCAGGAGCGGCUCGCCGAGCUGCUCCUCCAGCACGCGCGGAGCGAGCGGAGCCGGUGCUUCGUCAACUCCUUCUCGGAGGCGGGGCUGAAGCGAGAGGCUUGGAAUUCGACGCUUUCGCCGGUGAGGGAGGCUCAAGCCCGCCCUCGCUGCUCGGAGCUCGCUGGGCGGCUGGCAGCGGCCGAGGCGGAAGCCGAGGAGACGGCGCGGAAGCGGCAGAGAUUGGAGGAGAGGGGGCGGGAGGAGCCGCUGCGGGAGGAGAAGAGGCAGCUCGCCGAGCGCCUGGAAGCCGCCGAAGCGGAGAACGCACAUCUCGGCGCCAGCUUGGAGGCAGUGGAGGCGGCAAGUGCCGAGAAGCAGCGGGAGCUCCAAGCCGCGAGGCACCAGAGCGAGCUGCUCACGGAGCGCCUGGCGGCGGCAGAAGCAGCGGUGGCGGACAAGGCGCGUGAGCUUCAAGCUGCGCAAGAUGAGGGUGCCGCACAGAAGGAGCAGCGCGAGCAGCUUGCGCGUCACUUAGAGGCAUCACAGGCCGAGGCAUCAGGCAUGCAGAGUGAUAUGCACAGGCUUCAGCACGAGUGUGACAAGCACAAGGAGUUCUCCACGCAGCUAUCAAAUCGCUUGGCCGUUUCCGGAAACAAGUCAGAUUUGCAGACCCUGCUGCUGGAAAAUGCAGUGUACAAGGAUCGCUGUGAGCAGCUAACCAAGCAGCUGACCAAAGCGGAGGAGAAGUUAGGCCAGAUGCAUGAGGAGAAGGGUGCGUACAAGGAGCGCUGCCGUCAGCUGGCGUGCCAGCUUGCUGAGGCGAAAGGCUUGCCCCCGAUUCAGGCCACCUUUGCCAGCCACGGCCCCCCGAAUCUCCCCAAAGAUGCCUCCAGCCCUGCGUUGAACCUCGCCGAGGAGAUGGGGUACACGCUGGUCCAGACUGAGGGCGAGGGCAAUGCUGGCAAGGCCGGCAAUGCCGCCUCGACGGUCCGCUCGUCAGGGUUCUCCGUCCAGCCGGGCUGUUUCAUGCUGGACGCCGUCUUCCAGUGCCGCAGCUCCCUCAUGGACUUUUAUCUCACAGGCAAGGACCUGCGGAAGGGCUCGCAAGUGGUGGCCGGGGACGGCGAGAACAUGCUGGAGGUGGUGGACAUCUCGAAAGGCCGAGCCACAGAGGUCGUCAGCUUGGAGGCCGGGGCUGCGACGUUGCGGGUCACCCCGGACCAUCCCGUGCAGGUGCCCGAUAAGAAGGGGGAGGUGGCAGAGAUUCUCUACCAGGCGGCUGGGAAACUGGCGGCGGGUGACCUGGUCAUCCUCGAUUCCGGGGCGCCCGCUUCCCUCACAAGCGUCCACACCGAGCCCAACGAGUGCGAGGUGCUGAAGGUCGUCUUCGAGCCGGACCUGCCCGUGGCCGUCUUCUCCCGCCCGCCCUGCAUCCUCAGCAAGGGCCAGGCGAACAAGCCGCCUCGCCGCGGCGGGAUGUGCCGGCGGGGCCAGGCCGACGAGACGGCCUCCAUUCCCGAUACUGCGGCCGGGGAGUACAUGGACUGCAUGCAUGUAAAAGAAGGGCACCUCCUCCGCAUGCGGGGCAUAAGAUGGGCCAGCGACCAGCCUUGCGAAGGCGAAGAUGAGAACAACGGCUCCCUUCAGCGCCGCCGUCGCCGGCGCUGUGAGCAGAGAAAUGUCUUCCUUGGCCACGAGUUCGUGGACGAGGACACAACGCAGCACGUGCGCAGCGUGAUCCUGGCGUCUGGGAUCAUGGCCGGCACGCAGGUGCUGUCGCUGCUGCUGUCCUUCUCCUCGGGCCGGCAUCUGGCCGGCGCGUUUGUGAACUUCGUGAUCGGCAUGAUCCUGCCCGGGUGCGGGUACUUUGGGGCCACGAAGCAAAGCUCGCAGCUGAUGUGCUGCUUCUCGUGCACAAGCAUGGUGUCGGCGAUCUCGCAAAUCCUCCUCACCGUGAACGUGCUCCUGGCCGUCUGGAUCAUUGAGCAGAAGGGGGAGGUCUUCUGUGAUGCCCUCUGCGUCGUCGUGGGCUGCAACAACCACUCCAGCCUCUGCAGCUGCGACAUAGGCUGUAGCCGAGGGGACACCUGCUGCCCCGACUACAGCGAGAUCUGCAUCCACGGGGUGCAGCAGAAGCGGCCAGAGAGCUGCCAGGAGCUCACGGACUCCCUGGAUGCGGCGGGCAGCGUCGUGGGCGCGAUUUUCCUCGUGCUUUCGCCGCUCUCCGUGGGACUCAGCGUCUACGCUUGGUACCACAGCCGGAAGCUGUGGAUGCAGCUCCUCGCAGGUGAUCUCCUGGUCGCGCAACCCACUGGGCGGUCGAUGAACACCGAGGUGGCGGAGUAG